AUGGCUUCACAAGACUACAAGUUCGAGGGCUGGGUUGCCGAAGAUCCCUCCGCCGCAAAUGGAAACAUGAAGUGGAAAGAAUUCGAGCCCAAGGAGUGGGAAGAAACUGAUGUCGAUAUCAAAGUUACUCACUGCGGUAUCUGUGGUUCGGACUUGCACACCUUGCGUAGUGGAUGGAGUCCCGCAAACUACCCAUGCUGCGUCGGUCACGAAAUCGUUGGUAUCGCUGUGAGAGUCGGCUCAAAAGCGCAAGGCGGCAUCAAAGUCGGUGAUCGUGUCGGUGUCGGUGCUCAGGCAGAGUCCUGUCUAGGCCGCAAGGGACCCUGCGAGGAAUGCGCAUCAGGAAAUGAGAGAUAUUGCGGCAAACACUGGACUGGUACUUAUAACGGAACCUUUAUGAACGGGGGCAAGUCGUAUGGUGGUUACGCUCUGUAUAACCGCAGCCCUGCCCAUUUCGUUAUCAAGAUCCCCGACGGGCUCUCGUCUGCGGAUGCGGCUCCUAUGCUUUGCGGUGGUGCCACCACAUAUACUCCGCUCAAGGAGUAUGGCUGUGGUCCGGGCAAAUCUAUUGGCGUUAUUGGUGUCGGCGGCUUGGGCCAUUUUGCUAUUCUUUUCGCAAAGGCUUUGGGUGCUGAUAAGGUCGUCGCUGUUUCUCGUAAAUCGAACAAGAGGGAAGAUGCCCUGAAGCUUGGUGCCGACUCCUAUAUUGCAACAGACGAUGACAAGAACUGGGAAAAGGAGUACAGUCGCUCUCUAGACCUCAUUGUCUCUAGCGUAUCAUCAUCAAAGAUGCCCCUAUCAGACUACGUUUCUCUUCUUAAGGUUGGUGGCACAUUCAUCCAAUUGGGCAUCCCCGAAGACGGCUCGUUGGCUAUCCCUGCCCGUGCACUCAUCAUGAGAGGUGCGAAAUUGGGUGGCUCUCUCAUCGGUUCCCCAAGCGAUCUUCGCGAGAUGUUGCAGUUGGCUGCCGACAAGCAGUUGAAACCCUGGGUCGAAGAACGGCCUAUGAAAGACGCAAACCAGGCCAUUCAGGACAUGAAUGACGGAAAGGCACGGUAUCGUUAUGUGUUGGUAAACGACUCGUAG